GACCGACCACGACCAUCGUAUACUUCAAGCAUUCAACCGCAAGCUGCACCGUCUCUCGUUUAUCUCUCCAUAGCCAUCAUGCUCGCCCGCUCGAACGCCCGCAGGCUCCCCGCCCUCGUCAUCCGCUCGCUGUCCACCGAGUCUGCGACUUCGUCCGGCCCACAGCCCCCGCCCCCUCCUCCGCCUUCUGCAGGGAAGCACCCUACUGCGAAGUCUGCUUCUCGUUCUCGCUUGAAUCCUGCUCCUCGUCCCACUGUUGCACACCGGAGUCAGGUGCUCGCGCACCUCCCGCCUUCCUUUGGCCGGAACCAGAUUCUGCCAGUCGCGGACUCUACUCGUGCGCUGUUGGAAUCCAUCGUCGCGCGCUUUGACGCUCCUAUACGGUACGCUUUUGCGUACGGCUCGGGAGUAUUUGAGCAGGAUGGGUACAAGUCGAGCAACCCACAGAGCCAGGACGGCCCCAUGCUCGACUUCAUGUUCGCAGUGACGCACCCGGAUCACUGGCAUUCAAUCAACAUGAACCAGUUCCCCGGUCACUAUCCGUUGGGUGCGAGGACGCUUGGGUCGUCGUUUGUCGCGAGAGUGGAGGAGAUUCCACCCGGCGUAUGGUUCAACUCUAUGGUGAAGAUGGACGGGGUGACGAUCAAGUACGGGGUGACUACGGUCGAUAACCUCUGUUCAGACCUUCUGAACUGGAAGUCGCUUUACCUCUCGGGGCGGAUGCACAAACCCAUCCGAAUCAUCAAGGAUGAUGCCCGCGUCCGCCUCACGCAACAGGUCAACCUCACCUCCGCACUCCGCACCGCGCUCCUCACCCUCCCCGCCGAGUUCUCCGAACGCGAGCUGUUCGAGCGCAUCGCCGGCUUCUCGUACGCAGGCGACGUGCGCAUGCUCCUCCCUGCCGAGAACCGUGGUAAGGUCGGCAAUAUCGUGCGCAAGCAGUCCCCACAGUUCAAGGAGCUAUAUCACCGCCUCGUUGUCGCGCUCCCUGGGGUCCACUGGCCCGCGCAUUCAGCGACGAUCCAACAGGACACAAGCCCACAAGCGCGCGCCGCGCACCUUCGGAAAUUGCCGUCCAAUCUCCUCAAGCACCUCACAGACCAUUACACGGGGCAAGCGUCGAUCCCCGCGAAAGAGGCUGACGAGACCGUCUACUGGGCGAAGCUUGCGGGCGACGCCAGUCUUCCCUCUGUCAUUGACCGAGAGCUGACCAAGAUUGUGCGCGGUCCUUCUGCAAUCCAGACGCUCAAGGGCAUCGUCAGCGCAGGUCCGGUCAAGAGCGUCCGUUACGCCGCCGAGAAGGUGAACAAGUGGUGGAAGGGCUCCCAGGGGAGCUCAAGUCCAAGCUCGGACGCGGGCUCGAAGCCCUGAUGACAGGACCUAGUCCAGUGCUUGUGCGGGCCGCAGCGGACAAAGUUGUAUCACGGAGCACCUUCGCAUGUCGAGCAGACCAUCUUCACAGGUAUAUCGCAUAACUCGUAUUCCUCAUAUAUUAUGGUAUCGUACUACACUUAGAAGGCGAUCGGCACGGCUUCGUCACAUACUUAACAAUUGUAUCAAUAAUCCUUGCACUUGCAUCGUUGCAAAUACACACCACUUGAUACUCCUCCACCUGCAAGUCCAUCGUGUGCCUUUAUUUCCGUUGUAAUAUAGUGUUUCGUGUAGGUCGACGGCGAUGAUCACUCGUGUAAUCACAAAAUACAGCUUC